GUCAGUUAUGAAAACGUAAAUUAUCGCCGUAAAUCUCGUAUUUACUGUAAUUUUGCCGAUUAUAACGUGCAAGAAUGUUACCAACCUGUAACUAAUUUCUACAUAUUUAGUUUAAGUUCAAAUAAACUUCUAGAAAUACAAGAUUGAGUGAAGCGAAAGUGCAUAACCUCAAAGUGUUUUUCGUGUGUAUUUUACUUUAAGUUUUGCCAAUAAGAUGGCUUUGCAACUUUCCCGGAGAGAAGUGGAAGACAUCCGGUCAUCUUUGGACCGUGCUAUAUACAGAACUAUUGGUAAAUCCGAUAGUUCUUUGCUGUCUACCGUAUCAUCAUGUUUGACCAAUGGGUAUGAACGCAGAAAAAUAAUCGACAAGAUAUCAACCCACAUAGAUUCCAAGAAAGCGAGCAAGUUGGCAGAUAAAGUCAUCGCUUUAGCUCAAGAGUUGAUCUCGACUUCAAAAUCGUCAUCGAAACGUAAGCACGAAUCGGACAAGGAUAGGGACUAUAAGAGAUCCCGUCAUGACGACAGAAGACACGAAGAGAGGGAGAGAGAUGACAAGAAGAAGGAUGAGAGGGAAGAUAAGAAGGAGAAUAAUGGAGUCGAUAUUCCUGUGGCGUUACCGGUGGGAGAGACCGUUGGCUCCAAGAUCGCUGGGCUCAGCGCCGACAGGAUUAAGCUGAUGAUGGCAAACGCACAGAAAGAGAUUGAGGAGCGGAAGAGAGCCCUCACCGCUCUGAAGGGGGAGAGCCCUGGGGUGAACGCGGCGGUGGCUGCAGCACAGCAUAUCAAGCUCCAAGUCCAGCAGAGCAGCUCCAUGCCUCCACCAAGUGUUAUCAAGCCCACUCUCUACUCUAAACCAACGGCUGCGCCGGUGACCGCCGAGGAGUUGGAGAAGCAGAGGAAGAUAGCUGAGCUGCAGGCCAGGAUACAGAGGAAACUGGCCGGUGGAGCGCUGGCGCCGGCGGGCGCCUCGGGCCCGGCUCCCCUCAUCCUGGACAGAGAGGGUCGCACCAUAGACACGAGCGGGAAACGAGUACAGCUCACACACGUUGCGCCUACACUGAAGGCCAACAUUCGUGCGAAGCGUCGCGAGGAGUUCCGCGCGCAGAUGUCGGGCGUGGCGGCGCCCGAGCAGCCGGCCGGCGGCGCCUGGCAGGACCCGCGGCUGGCCGUCAAGCCGGCCGCGAGGACGAGGCGCGCGCUGCGCUUCCACGAGCCCGGCAAGUUCCGCCAGCUGGCCGAGCGGCUGCGGAUGAAGGCCCAGUUAGAGAAGCUACAGAAUGAAAUAUCUCAGAUAGCGAGGAAGACUGGAAUCUCGUCGGCGACCAAGCUGGCUUUGUUGACUUCAGACACAGCCGACACAGAUAGAGUGCCCGAUAUAGAGUGGUGGGACAGCGUGAUACUAAUGACACCAGAGGAAAGGGAACAAAAACGCAAACGGACAACGACAGACAGCAGAAGCGACACGGCGCGUGUGGACGCGUGUAACACCGGCGACGACGACAUAGUGGACAACCUAAAUGAAGACGCCAUCACCAACCUCGUGGAGCAUCCUCAGCAGUUACGGCCGCCCACGGAACCACUGAAGCCGACCUACAUGCCAGUGUUUCUCACCAAGAAAGAGAGGAAGAAACUCCGUCGACAGAGCAGAAGAGAAGCGUGGAAGGAGGAACAGGAGAAAGUGAGACUGGGGCUUGAAGCGCCGCCCGAGCCCAAACUGAGGAUAUCAAACUUAAUGCGCGCGCUGGGCACGGAAGCGACGCAGGACCCGACGGCCAUAGAGGCCAAAGUGCGCGCGCAGAUCGCCAAGCGCCAGAAGGCGCACCUCGACGCCAACCGGGCGCGGGCGCUCACGGACCAGCAGAAGCGGGAGAAGGCUGAUCGCAAAAUAAGGGAAGAUACAACGGUAGCGGUUCAUGUGGCUGUUUACAGAGUGAAAGACCUGUUCGAGUGUGCGUCAGCGAAGUUCAAGGUGGAGGUGAACGCGCAGCAGCUGCACAUGACGGGGUGCGUGGUGCUGCACCGCGGCUGCUGCGUCGUGGUGGUGGAGGGCGGGCCCAAACAGCACAGCAAGUACAAGCGAUUGAUGUUGAACCGUAUAAAGUGGGAGGAUGAUACUGUGAAGGACGCUGACGGUAGCGAGGUGCCGAACAGCUGCCAGCUGGUGUGGGAGGGGGUGGUGAAGCAGCGGGCCUUCGGAGAGAUCAAGUUCAAGGUGAUACCGACGGAGAAGCAAUGUCGAGAGCAUUUCCAGAAACACCAUGUGGAACACUAUUGGGACCUCGCCUACAGCGGAGCUGUGUUAGGAUCCGCCGUUGAAGACCCGUAGACCUUCGUCCCUAGCAGCAUCACGUUCCCACAGGGUCCGCUCACC